UUCAAAAUGGUGGUGACAGUGUUGUGAAUGAAUAACCACUAAGCCACUUGUCACUUUUUAAAUACUAUUUUUAUAUAUUUUUUAUUUAUUGUCUUUGUGCCAAUAACUUAUAUUUAUUUAAUAAUGAGUAAUUCGACAGCGUUAUUUGCUUGCUCUAGAUGCUUUACCAGACACCCGUUUGAGGAGCUGUCACCAGGUCAACAAUUGUGCAAGGAAUGCAGAGGAGCAUUUCCAGUUGUGAAGUGUACUUAUUGUAGAUCAGAAUUUCAACAAACCAAUAAACUAAGCACCAGCACGAUAUGCAAGAAAUGUGAAGUAAAUGUGAAACAGUAUGGUAAACCGACAGCUUGCGAGUAUUGCAAUAUCAUCGCUGCCUUCAUUGGCAAUAAAUGUCAACGUUGCACCAACUCGGAACGCAAAUAUGGGCCUCCGGUCACGUGUGAGCAGUGCAAACAGAAGUGUGCGUUUGAUCGCAAAGAUGAGGAUAAGAAGAAUUCCCUGUGCAUGAAAAAUGAUAACUUCACAUUUAAUAUUGUCAAGGAGGAUGGUGAACUGUCGAGGCCAGAAGACGGACGAGACUCCAAAGUAAUUGUGGACGGUAAGCUGCUGUGCUGGCUGUGUACGUUGUCGUUCAAACGAGCUCUGGCCAAGACCAAACAGUCGGAUGCAGAGAGAAGAGCUCAUAACAAGAUGAUGGCUCAAAAAGCUGCCAAGAACAAAGAAGUCAAACUCAGAAGCCACAACAAGAGGCCGAACAGGGUGGACGUGACCAAGAUCCCCGCCGGCGGAGGACAGGACAACAACAAUGCUGAGUCCAACAACUCCGGGGCCAACAACCCCCCGCCACCCAAGAUGCCUAGGGUGAAGCCACCUGGAGACCCGCUGGACCCAAACUCCUCCGACCAUGUGGUGGCCAUGACUCAAUUGAAGGAGCAGAUGGCGUCGCUACAGAAACAGCUGACGAUGAAGGACAACAUUAUACUGUCAAAAGACAAAAUGAUUACAGAGCUCAAGGCGAAGCACUUCACGUCAGAAGCUGAGCUACGAAAUAAGAUGAACAAUGUUCAAAAGGAUAAUGAUAAAAAAGUGGAAAUGCUCCAUAUGAAAAUAAAAACAUUACAAAAAGAAGUCGCCACACUGUCAAAAGGCAAUAAGAAAGACCGUCUAAAGCAAGAAACCAAAGACGGAAAUAGUGGUUCUGGUACAGACAGUCCUAGUAUAACAUAACAUUCAUUAAUCAAUAAUAUUUAUUACAGAGUGUAUCGGUGGCUUUCAUCGGUACAAUUAUGAAUUUUUUUAAACAAAUUUAACUGUAUUUUUAUAUGUGUUAUCGAAACAAAGCGGUUAUCUAAUAUUUAUCAAUUCUUUUUUUAUAAUUUUGUGUGAAAUUCCUUGAUGGUCUGUAUUUUAAGUAUCAGUUUUUGAUGGGUAAAAAUAGGUUUUACUUGUUGAAAACUGUCUUAUGUAUGUACAAUGUAUAUUUAAUUCUUGUAUCUCAGGAAGUGAGGAAGUGGUUUUUAAUAAAAAUUUUUUAAAUCAU